AUGCAACACCUCCCGACUCUUCAGCAGGAAGAUGAGCUUAGCGAUGACGACGACGACGACGACAUGCAGCGGGAUGCCCUUCUCGCUCUUCUCGCUCUUGGCGCACUCGAAUCUCGUGAAGGGCGGCGUGCUCACCGCCGCGACCACUACCUCACUCGUGCAGAGCUCUUGCCUGACCCUCGUAUUGACACACCCUGGCAACGACUUUGGGAAACCCAGAGCGACCGUGCCUUCAUAACCACUAUGGGCGUCGAUGUCGAGACCUUCCACUACCUCCUCGACAACGGCUUUACACGGGGGUGGAACUCUACUGCCAUUCCUCGGUCCGACACGAACCCUCGCGGGCAACCUCGUCUCGGUCGCCGCUCAUUGGAUGCUGCUGGUGCACUCGGUUUAUACCUGCACUACCUUGGCUCUUCGAUGACGGAGGUUUCACUGCAAGAGAUCUUCGCACUCAUCCCGGGCACGACCAACCGUUAUCUUCGAUUCGCGCGCAGCCUGAUGCUGACUGUACUGCGAGAAAUACCGGAGGGGAGGGUGGCAUUUCCGAAGGAUGACGAGUACAAUGAAUUGUCACGUUUGGUAUCCGAUGACCCAGCGAUCGAAAAUGCAACAUUCAAUGGUUGGUUACACGACCAUUACACGAGUUGUGUAUUGGUGUUCUCUGCUCAGGUUGGCACGAUGCAAGGGUCGCGCGACCGAUCUAUCAGCAGUUGCGAGACGAAGUACCGGAAGGAUAUUACCUUGUUGCAGACUCCGCUUUUCCGCGUGGUACUGCAGAAGUUGCAGGGCGAAUCCGAGCUGCACGUACCGAUGGCGCGGAACUCCCUAACGAUCCACACGAGCGAGCAGCCACACUUGCCUUCGAUAAUCAACUAUUGUCGUACCGCCAAACUGUGGAAUGGGGCAUGCGCCAGCCAAAUACGCAAUGUGUACGAACCACUGUGGAAGAGGUCCGAAGCAGCAGAGCUCUGGGAUAACUACGAGAGAAUGGUGAUUCGGGACAUUCGCAGAGGUGAUCGGGUCGCACGUUACCAUCUCGGUGAAGCUACAGUGUGA